AAUCACACCUUCGGAGGUCGCGGCUGCCGAAGCUACCUCAAUUGAAGAUUUGAACUUGGAAAGCACAAUUGAACACAUCGACAAAAUGCUGCUAGACAUGGCCGCAGAAGAAGCUACUACUACCGCCGAAGAGGCCGUGGUCGCAGCAUCGGGGAAAGAAAAGGAAAUUGCUGCCGAAGCUUCAGAGGACGAGGCCUUCAUAUUUCAAAAUUUAGUUGGAGAAAAAUUGUCAAAAACCGAAAUAGAAGAGCUUAAAGAGUACGCCAAAUCUUGCGGAUAUAAACCAGGAGCACUCCUCUUCGGAGGUAUUGAUGAUGAAAAAUUGGACUGUAUCCGGAAUCAAACUGGAGCUAAGGUUAUCGGUACUCUGUCAAAGAGUAUCGGUUUUCCGAAGCUAGAAACCGACAUUAGCCGCUACCGACGACAACAUAUCGUUGGUAGUUUAUUUUAUUCCAAUUUCAAGGUGAACUAUUUUUCCCCUGACUUUUAUUGUUUUUAAUAUUGAAAACAUGUCUAACGAAGGUUGUUUUCGUGCAGAGUAUGUUGUUGAGCAAAGCUUUGAAAAUGCAGCAAGAUUUGGAAGACAAGAAACACGAAGUUAUAAUUGAAAAUUUAGAAAGCAAAAUAAAGGAACAAUCAGCUGCUAUUGAAAAGAAGAACUUCGAGCUUCAAGCAACUGAAGGCUUAUUGGCGGAAGCCGAAGCUAAAAUAACAGAACUGAACACGAAGCUUCUCUGCCAAUCUGGGCAGUUUGAACAAGAAAAGCAAGAACUUAAUGCAAAACUUGAAGCCGAAGUUCAACAAAAUUCAGAUUUGAAAAAACUAUUGGCGGGCCUUCAAGAAAAAUGUUUGGAAUUUAGCAACAAAUGUAUUCAACGACUGAGAAAAAUUUUCCACUCAGUUGGAGUGGGCAGUGAGAAAUUCACCCCGUCAGCUGAAGAUUUACCAAAGACCUUCGAACAUAUUGAGGGUGAAAUUGAUGAGCUUGACGAAGUUAUAGCCGGGCACGGUGACUUCUGCGCCUGGGUAGCUUCUCGGGGCACUGCUGCAGCUUUCCUAAAAGCUGGCUGUGAUCAUGGAAAGAUUGUCAAUAGGCCCAAUUUCACUUUAUCACCAUCAAUUCUAGAUGACAUUCCUGAUCUCGCCCGAAGCAUUUCCAAUAGAUUCGUAAAGAUGAAAUGGACAAAAGGCGGGCGAGAAAAGGCUGGAGACGAAGCUCGGAGUCAUCUUGAACCAGAUGACGAAGCCGAAGCCGAUGGUUAAAAAGAAUAACGCCGAAGCUGAAGUCCCUUGAAGAUUAAAUAGGAGUAGACUGUAGACAGACUCAAGGAACUUUUGAGAUAACUUUUGUAAAUGUAACUGAACUUGUCUUUAAUGAAUUUUGUUCAUACCUUGUAAUAUGCUCUUAUCCUUCCAUUAAUGUAUGAGAGGUGCUUUGAUGUGGACGAAAUUAUCUUUUUGAGCCGAAGGCGAAAAAACACCUUCCCUUCUUUUCGU